AUGGAAGGAAUGACAUCCAAGGGAACGUUUUUGAAAUCCGGUCCAUGCCCAAUGAUUCUCAUAAAUACAAGCUGGGACGAUUCCCUUCGGGAAAGCGACACUCAAGAAGCACAAGCAGUAACUUACAAAGAAGCUGAGAGUUUUGAGCAAACAGUUCAUUAA